AUAUAGGAGUUGCAUAGCAUUUUAAUUAUCUCGAGCGAAACCAAGAGCAGAAUCUUACGAAAUAAUCUUGGUUUUCUAUAUGUUAAUUUAUACUUCGCGCCCACUAAGGAAAGCAUUAAACAUUUUCCUAGGGCAUAAUUUUGCAACUAAAUUAAUUUAGAUCGGUUUCAGAAUUGAUAGUAGACGACUAGACAUGAUGUUUGGGGACUUCAUAGUUAGAUAGUGCACUAGGGAUGAACAUCCUAUAAGUGAUUUGAAUCCAAGUUUAACACUCUUUAAUGUAUAUAGCUUUUAUAUGCAAUAACUGUAGAAAAAUGAUUAUUAGCUAAACAGAUAAUAUGCCACCUCAUUUACACACUAGACAAAAAUAAUAUAUUAAAAACUAUAUGUACUGUAUGACUUACAUGUCAACGUCUUUGAACUAUUAUUUGUUAUGUUGCUAGCACAAUCAACAUACUUCCAUUAAAGUGUAUUUAGAUUUAUAACGCAGUAAUUCCUGAUGAUGCUUACUGCUUAGCAUAUUUUAAUAUGUUAUUUUAUGUUCUCUAAUGUAUAAUUUUGCGUUUUGAAUGUUUGAUAUGUAUGUGUCCAUUUUGUUUUUGAUCAUUUGAAUGUGUUAUGAUCUGUUUAAAAAAAAAAAUUCAUUUGGUGAUGCCAAAUUCCAAAUCCAACACAUUUUUGAUAUCAAAAUUAUAUAGUUUGUUGUUAUGUGAUAUAUAUAGUUUGGUGGUGUAUUGUGUUGUGGUGUAUUGUUCGUAUAGCUGCCAAACAUUUUUUAUAUUAUACCUAUUGUUUAUAUGUAUAGAACAAAUGAAUCACUAGUAACUAAUUUAUCUGUUUUUAUAAUAUGUUUGAAACAGUGACAAAAGUAAAUUAGUUCUAAAAAACAGUAAGCCAAAACUAAAAUAAAUUUUUAUUUGCUUAGUAAAUCUAAGAAUGGAAAGAACAGUUCUGUAAAUACUUUGCCUUAAUUUUCUUGAUUUUUCCUUUCCAGAUUAGCUCAAGUAUAAAGGUCAAUGGCGGCAGGAUUAGUCUGUCGUUUAAUGUCGAAAUACUUGAGUUCCGAUAAGAAUGGAACCAACGAACAAAACCUGAGUUUUUACACAUCCGCUUGUGAAGAAGAUCCAGAGCUCAAAUCCUUUGAUUCUUCGCUUGACCAACGACUUAGCAAAUUGAAGAGGUCGCUCACAACAGGAGGCAAGACUGGAAAUAAUUCCCUAAACGCAGUCAAGUCGGUGUGCGGGUUUCUAGUUGAAGUGAACCAAAAUUUGGCCGAGAACAUUAUCGCCAACAAAGAUUUAUUGAAGAGCGAAGAUCUAACGUCUUUGGUUGGCCUCUAUCAUGAGAGUUCCACGAGUACUCUAGAUCUAUUUAAUACAGUGAGGAACUGCACCAAUAAGGCAAAGUUAAGCAUUGUGAUCAUUCAAAUCGCGAUCCAACAGUUUGGAAAAGAGUCGAUGGAUACAGAGGUUGGAGGAAACAAGAAGAAGUACGCCGAAACAUUAGAGGAGCUGAAUAAGGUCAAAGCUAUGGGAGAUCCUUUUGGUGACGAGUUCAAGGAAAAGUUAGAGUCUGUACGCGCGGAGCACCUUAUGCUUUUAGAGAAGCUCGGUGAGCUGGAGAAGAAACUUGAAAAACAACAGGAUAAAUUAAAGAAAAAGAGGAAAUUGACCACUAUUGCUUUCGCUUCUGUGGCUGCGUCUAUGUUGGGUUUUUACGUCUCAUUGUCCUUUCAGUUUGUCAUGUCGGCCAUAUCCAUCAUAUACGAUAGGAUCGGUUUAUGUACGUUUAACUACAUUAAUUUUAUAUUAUAUUUUAUAUCUUUUAAUCUAUUAAAAUAGAUAUCAUGAUUUCUUUAGUGUAUAUAUUAUAUAUUUUAAAAUGAACAAAAUUGUUUACAUUAGUUUUUUGUAUUUGUAUAACGAAAUUCUAACAAUAUAUUGAAAUCUCUUUCUAUUCCACCAAUAUUAAACUAAAUUAAGAGAAAGAUAUUGCCAAAAUUCCAUGGAUAAAACUAAAUUAUAAUACUAUUUUAUACUAGUAAGAAAUAAAGGUUAGUGAUCUCAUGAUACAGACCUGUUUACACUUUCCCAAGGUUAUUUGACACCCCUGUAGUUCUGCAAUGAAACACUCAAUUAUCAAUACUAUUAAAACAUAAACAUUUUUAUGUACUUACAAAUAAUCUAGGUUGAACCAUUAAAUUUAUUUAAUUUUAUUGUAUUUUUGACAUACCGUAUUAAUUAUUAUUAAAUAUACAAUCUAACCUCAAUAUAACCUCAGAUAAUGGGAUCCACUAAUAAAACAAAUCGCAUAUAACAAAUCUUACGUAAUCAUU